AUGGCCCCGCCGCCGCCGGCCUCUCUCCCACUUCCGGCAUGGGCGGCGGCCAACGCCCUCUUCCGCCGCCAUCCCCGCCUUCUCCCGCUCCUCCUCCCUUCCGCCUCUCUCCGCGCCCUCCUCCCCGUUCUCUCCCACUGCCUCGUCUCCGGCCUCGCCGGCAACCCCUUCGUCGCCUCCCGCCUCCUCCUCGCCUCCUCGCGCCUCUCCCUCCCCUUCUCCCUCCUCCUCCUCUCCCACCUCCCCGCCUCCUCCCUCUCCCCGUUCUCCUUCAACUCCCUCAUCCGCGCCUCGCCUCCAGGCCCCGCCCUCCGCCUGUUCGACCAAAUGCGCCGCCGAGGCGUCCCCGCGGACACCUACACCCUCCCCUUCUUGAUCCACGCCUGUUCCGGCGGUGACCGUCCGCUCAGCCAGUCCCUGCACGGGCAAGCCAUCCGCUUCGGAUACAGCACCCAUCUCUUCACGCAGACGGCGCUGAUGAACGCCUACUUUGCAUGUGGCCUGCCGGCGCACGCUCGCAGAGUGUUCGAUGAAAUGAACGCUCCUGAUGUCGUUGCGUGGACUGGCAUGGUGUCCGGUUACGUGGACUCCGGGAUGCACCCUGAAGCCGUUCAGGUCUUUCACGAGAUGCGCGGUGGCGGCGCGGAAGCUGUAGAACCCAACACGGCCACACUAGUGUCGGUUGCUUCCGCGUGCGCCGGUCUGGGCUCCCUGGACCAUGCCAAGUGGCUGCAUGGGUACGUGGAGAAGGCGGGAUUGCAACACAGGGUGAUUGUGACGAAUGCCCUGAUGGAUAUGUAUGGGAAGUGUGGCAGCUUAGAGUCAGCUCGUGCUCUGUUCAACCUGAUGCAUGAGAAGGACCUGCAUUCAUGGACGACGAUCAUUUCAGGGCUGGCUUCUCAUGGGCAUGGCAGAGAAGCGGUUGCUUUGUUCUUUAGCAUGCGGGAGGUGGGAGUGCUGCCGGAUUCGACCACGUUCGUUGUGGUCCUCUCUGCUUGUAGCCAUGCAGGGCUGGUGGAUGAGGGGGUACGCAUCUUCAGUUCCAUGGAGAGUGACUACAAGGUCACCCCGGAUAUCAAGCACUACGGUUGCAUGGUGGAUCUCUUCAGCAGGGCAGGGCUCCUUUCACGCGCUUAUCUGCUUAUCGACACCAUGCCUUUUCAGCCAAACUUGGCAAUUCUCGGAGCAUUGCUGAGUGCAUGCAGUGUCAGUGAUGAAUUGGAGAUUGGGGAAUUAGUUCUCAACAAGAUCGAGUCUGUUUGCUCCUAUAAAGGAGGUGCCGGUGUGCUUCUGUCCAACAUAUAUGCUAACCAGAACCUGUGGCAUGAAGUUGAUUCCAUUAGAAGGAAGUUAAGAAAUGGCGCUAUUCCCAGAAAGCCACCUGGUCAGAGCUUGGUUGCAGCAGAAGUUCCUUUCAUGAGUUUGUGAUUUGGAAGUGAGCAUGUCCACUCUCAGCAGAGAUUCUCUUAUUAUUUGACAGCUCUCAAAGUGAAACCCAUUUCAGAGUUUUAAGCUGUAGCUCUUGAAGACACAUAUGCUGCCGUGAUUUACCAAAAUGAUGGACCUAUCCAACCUCAUCAUCUUCAAGUCUAUUUGUCAUCAUUGUUGCCCUUGCUUGCCAAAAUGGCUAAUUUUCGAGCAGCCUGGUAAGAAAAUUUUAUCAGUUGCUUUUAUUACAAGGCACUGCUUUGCAUAUCAAUUAGAAGUGUGUCAUCCAUUUUGUUACCAUGGUGAAAUUGCUGUGGCUUUUACCGUCUUCGAGUCUCUUUCUCAUCAUUGUUGCCCUUGAUUGUAAAAU